UCAAAUAUGGACCAUUUCCCUCUGUCUUGGGGCCGCCCACGCAAUGAUGCAGUCGACUUGUACUCUACUUACCCUGUGAACGAGCGUCAGAGGCACGGACCGAAGAAUGACGCGUUCACCGACGGCGUGCAGCAUACACAACAACCCAUUGUAACGGGAACGUCCGUGCUGGCUAUCAAGUACAAGGAUGGGAUUAUGAUGGCUGCGGAUUGCCUUGCUUCUUAUGGCUCUCUCGCACGAUUCAAGGAUAUCUCCCGUCUGCACUCCGUUGGUCAAUACACCCUCAUCGGAGCUGGAGGGGACAUGUCCGACUUCCAAUACCUCCAACACCUGCUCGAUGACUUGAUGAUCGAAGAAUAUACUUCGGAGGAUGGGCACAAGCUUGGACCGGACGAGAUAUAUCACUAUCUCUCUCAGGUGAUGUAUGCCCGGAGGAGCAAGAUGAACCCGUUGUGGAACUCGCUCCUUGUGGGCGGCUUCAAAGAUGGCAAGUCAUUCGUCGGCUAUGUCGAUUUGCUCGGAACGACAUACACUGCCUCUACCCUCGCAACCGGGUACGGCGCAUACAUUGCUCAACCGCUGCUGAGGAGAGCGGUCGAAGGGCGUGAGACAACCAUGACAGAGGAAGAGGCACGUGCUAUCAUCCAGGAGUGCAUGAAGGUGCUUUUCUAUCGGGACGCACGCUCAUUGAACAAGUUCCAAAUUGCCACUGUCACGGAGCGCGGUGUACAGAUUGGAGACGCAAUUUCCUCCGAGACGGAGUGGUCGUUUGCGGAGAAGAUUCGCGGUUACGGGUCCCAGACACAGUGAUUUCUGGAAUAGGAAACACAGAUGCGUACCGAUCAUUAAGCAGGUGGUGAUUGGGUAGAUAUGGUAUACAAUGU